AUGCCAUCCAGUACCGAUAGUCCUACAACUGCUCCAACUAACACGCCGACAAGUGCGCCUUCAACAAGUACCGAUAGUCCCACCAAUUCUCCAACUUCCAUGCCAACAGUUGAGCCUACCGACAGUCCAACAGACAGACCUACCAGCUCUCCAACGGAACCAACAGAAGUGUUUGUUCCUGAGAUCAAUCUAGAAGUAUGUGACUUCACUGUGGAGCUGUACGGUCGAUCCACUGGCUUUCUGGCGGACGAUGUGAAAGUCGGGUUUUCAUCGCCAGGCUUGGAAGACUCUUAUGUAACAGGGCAUCUGAACGUGACCUUGGACAGAUACCGAUUCGAGUUUCUCGAGCCGUGCUCUACUGAUGUCGUGAGCGUCAUUAUAGAGAAUGCUGGAAAUGUCGAGGUUGAGAUUCAAAACAUGAAAGUGUCUAGGAAUGGAACAGUCUUGUUCAACAAUGGUUGCUUUGACCUUGGAAUUGAAGACUCUUGUGCCAGCUUCGAGUUUACGCUGGGAGAGCAAUGCGGGGAGUCCUUGGAUUCGUUUGGAGGCAUCAAGCUAGAUGCAUGUCAGGUGCUUGUCAGCAACCUCACGGAAAACACCAAGACAUGCCAAUACACUUUGGAUUGCACUCCUUUCAUUGGAGUCAUUGAAGAAGGCAAGCCGUUAACUUACGAGAACAACCUGCCUUCAGUCUACUACGAAGGCUUUCUGGAUUGUGCUGAAAGAGGAUACGAUUUCGGGUACCAAAUGGAAAACUGUGUUCCAGGCAAUGCGAUCCCUUUUGAUAACUUGUUCAGGACCCCCUUCCAUGCUGGAGUAGAUCGGGGAACUUGCCAAAUCACGAACUUGGGAGACUUCAACUUGGUUUGCAGUGAUCGAGACAUGGAGGAUGGUGGACUACCCCGAACUGCCACUGUGACUACUUCUGUGGACGCUGUUGUUAUGAUUCAAGGAGAGAAUGGCGGGACGCUGUACACAGAUCUCCAAGCUGGCGAUACUUACAUCCUUGGCGUUGGUGACAAUGACGCCAUCAGUGACAUUGAGUUCUGCUUUCGGUGCCCAAGCGUUUCGGUUACCGCUGAAGACACCAGCACGUACGCUCCGACCACGUCGCCCACGUUUACCCCUACCAUAGCGAUUACGGGGUCUCCGACUGCUUCCGGUACAGAAGCUGAGACUAACGUAGCAACCCAAGUUGCUACCGAAGCUACGAGCACAGCUGCACCAACAGAGGGCCAAACAAGCUCUCCGACAGAAAGCCCCACAAGCGCUCCAACGGACAAACCAGGACCUCCAGGAGAACGAUACUCGGGUACGCUCGAUUGCGCCGAUAGAGGAGAAUUCGACUUUGGGUUUCAAUUGGAGUACUGCGUGCCCGGAAAAGAACUCAAGAUUGAUGCUCUGGAUCAAACACCCUUCAAGAAGGACGUCGAUCAGGCAACUUGUCUUGUUAGCAACCUCGGCAACUUUGAUUUGCAAUGUUCCGACCGUGACAUGAACAAUGGGGGCUUGCCAAGGAAGGCAACCUUCACUCCACACGUCGACACUGCUGUGUUGGUGCAAGGCAACAGUGGAGGUACCAUCUAUCGUGAUCUCAAGUCGGGACAAACAUACGAUUUGGAGGUGGGAACUGGCGAGCCUAUUACUACCAUUGAGCUGUGCUUGAAGUGUGGCAACACCAAGACAACCGAUAGGAGUGCGUCUAGUUUUGGAGAUCCUCAUAUCAAGACAUGGGGUGGAGGUCAUUUUGAUUUUCACGGUGGGUGUGAUUUGGUGUUGCUGGACAGCCCAGCCUUUGCAAACGGCCUGGGCCUUUCUGUGCACAUCAGGACUAGAAUUAGAACUUGGUGGUCCUACAUUGACUCGGUUGUCCUGAAGAUUGGGUCCGACCGGUUGGAGGUCCAGGGGGGGCGCGACAACUCGGUGCGGUACUGGACCAAUGGCAAACUGGGACCCGACCUCAAGCCCGAUGGACAAUUUCUGAACUUUACGAUGAGCGGACACAAAAUCUGGUAUCACAGCGUCAGCACCAAGACAAAGCAAUUCCGAUUGACGUGGGAUGCCUUCAACUCCUUCAGUUUGGAGACGUUUGGAGACUUUGUCCGAUUCAACGUGAACGCCAAGAGGCCGGACGACUUUCGGGGAGCUCGAGGCCUCAUGGGAUCCUAUCCCUCUGGUGCUCACAUGGGGAAGGAAUACCUCGAAGAUUGCAUAUUUGAUGUGCUAGCCACCAAUGACAAGGGCAUGGCGGCAUCAUAUUGA